UACUUCUCUCCCUCCAAAAUAUCACAACAAAAAAAAACAAAGAUACGCCCAUUAACCAAAAUCACCAAAUCAACGAAACAAACACUCACCUGAAACCACAUUGCAGAGUCCCCGUAAUACUGUUAUGGCUGGCAAGUUAGCAUUUACGUUGACAUCUCCUCGAGUCCUCAUUGCUCCGAUUCAAAAACCAUUCAUCUCCUCAUCUUCUUCAUUACCACCUCCUUCUUGCUCUAGCAGUACCAGGGUUCAUUUCAAUGUCAAACAGUUUUCUCUGCGGCGAAGAAUGCUUUUACCACCUACCAAGGCCACUGCUGACCAACAAGCUGAUCAAGCCCAAGAAGAUGAGAUGGUUGAUGGUAAAAUCUUGCAAUACUGUAGCAUAGACAAGAGAGGAAAAAAGUCAAUAGGUGAAAUGGAGCAAGAGUUUCUACAAGCACUACAAGCAUUCUAUUAUGAGGGAAAAGCUAUAAUGUCUAAUGAGGAAUUUGAUAAUCUCAAGGAAGAACUAAUGUGGGAAGGAAGCAGCGUGGUUAUGCUGAGUUCUGAUGAACAGAAGUUUCUUGAGGCCUCAAUGGCUUAUGUAUCAGAGAAUCCAAUCAUGAGUGAUAAAGAGUAUGAUGAGCUGAAAAUGAAAUUAAAGUCUGAAGGCAGCGAAAUAGUUGUCGAGGGUCCAAGAUGCAGUCUUCGUAGUAGAAAGGUUUACAGUGACCUGUAUGUUGACUAUCUGAAGAUGUUCCUGCUGAACGUACCAGCAACCGUUACUGCACUAGGCUUGUUUUUCUUCUUGGAUGAUCUCACUGGUUUUGAAAUCACUUAUCUUUUGGAGCUCCCAGAGCCAUUCAGUUUCCUUUUCACCUGGUUUGCUGCUGUGCCCCUCAUUGUUUGGUUAGCUCUGACACUAACAAAUGCAAUAGUGAAGGACUUUUUGAUCUUGAAGGGCCCCUGCCCCAACUGUGGCACGGAGAACGGCUCCUUCUUUGGAACCAUAUUGUCUAUUUCAAGUGGUGGAACCACCAACACCCUUAAAUGCUCAAAUUGCUCAACCGAGUUAGUUUACAAUUCAAAAACACGGUUGAUUACACUGCCGGAAGGAAGCGAAGCUUGAUACAGGGAUAAUAUCCUGUGGAUAGUCAUAACAGUCAUGGCUACUGAAUGAAGCAGAAGUCCAUUAAAGGGAUAUACAGUACAAGUGUUGCUAACUCGUAAGUUUGGAAGCAAAGAGUACGCCUUCUGCAGAAACUUGGCAGAGAUUUGUGGCGGAGAGAAUUUUCAGAUAUUGUGUACUGGAUUGUAUCUUGAUCACUGUGUUAAUAUUGUACAUGAAAGUAUGUACAUGUUUAUACAUCUACCUAUCCCAGGGUUGUUAAUUAGGAGCUGAGAGCAGUGUGUUGCCAUGAAGUUCUAUAAUCCGCUGUAUUUAGUUAGAAUGAUGAAUCGUUUCCUUGCUGUUAUCAUUGGCAAAAGUAACACCACAGUUGCUGAUU